GGGUCGUGCUCGUGCAGCUCUAGGCUUUUUUUGAGGAAGCGGUAAGCGCGGAGGGAGGACGGGAGAGAGAGAUAGGCGUGCCUUCGUCGUCCGUGCCGGUGCGUGGCGUGGUGGCCGUGCCGACCGUCCGUCCACCCCCUCUCCUCUUCCCGGCGCCGGCGACAGCGGGAGGGACUCCCUGGGAGGAAUGGCCGUGGUGAGGGCUCCGCUCGGCGCGGUGGCGGUGGCCGCUCUCGUCGUCGCCAUCUUCAUGCCGGCCGCCGCAGCGGCGCAGGCACCGGCGCCCGCGCCCACCAGCGACGGGUUGGACAGUUUUAAAUUACCACACACCUUGUUGAACAGUGUAUACUGUAUAGCGGUUUCCCUCUCAAGCAGCCAUUUCAAAACUUGAAUAAGGAUAAGGCACAUCAAUCGACCUGGGGAUCGCGUACAUCCUUAUGCUGGUGGCCCUGGUGCUCACCUACCUGAUCCACCCGCUGGACGCGUCCUCCCCCUACAAGCUCUUUUAAUCUCUGCUCCUUUUCGUUUGGUCAUGCGGUUAUGGGUGCUAUAGGAAUUUUAGGUGCGCGAGAUGUUUAGGUGAGGUUGGGAGGUUUAGAAUGAUGAUGAUUGCAAUCAUUUGAUCUUGGUAUGUAUCCAAGGCUCCAAGCCGUUGGUGUUC